AUGUGUAACUUCUUUGUGGCAUGUCCUCGCAGUGGCUCGACACUUCUCAUGAGACUUUUUGCCGAAAACCCUGCUUGCUCAGUCACGAGCCGUCUGAUUCUUAUGGGAAAUGCAGAUUCCACCGAGGAUUUUCAUCUCGACUACCAGAUCCUAGAGGACCCGUCCCAUCACAAGGUUUUCAUCAAUGCAAUGGAAGGAGGCAAAAGGUUCCUCAUAUGCAAAGAAGAGCUAGAAGAACACCCGGGCCGUUCGUACCUUCGUUGUUGGCGGGACGAUGUUAUGAGACUACGAGCCAUCUUCCACGAGAAGACUUGGUUUGGUUUCGAUCUUGACGAUACCCUUCAUGAAUUCCGCCAUUCCUCUGGAAGAGCUACCAACAAAGUUUUAGAGAAGAUCUCUGGGCGAUAUGGAACCCCCAUGUCUGGAUUGAGAGAGGAAUAG